AUGGCCUUGCCUCGCCGGCGAAUCUCCGACCGCGUUGUCCGAGUGGUUCCUUACUUGAACUUUGCACUGAGUGCAAUCUUUUUGCUUUCGUUUCACGUCUAUGCCGCGGAUACGCUGACUUCCGACAACGCGACGCUUUGGGAGCGUCUCACAAAAGGUCCAGAAGCCUUGGAACCCUUGGACAAGGUCUUGUUUGCCGUCCUAAUUCUUCUAAGCUUUGAGCUUUUGGAUUUCUUUAGUAAGCAUUCGGGAUCUUGGUUCCGUUCCAAACUCAUUCCCGUACGGGGUAAGCACUUGGAUGAAUUGACUGUAAAAGAUCAACUCUUUAUUGGUAUCAGUAAGGCUGCCACAGCCCCUUUCGUGUACUUCUACCUGCGCUUUGCAUAUUUCGAACCCAAUGUCGUUUGGGAUUUGGCUAACCUACGAUUCGCCAAUACCGUUGCUCCCUUACUGGCAUUGUUCAUCGUCUACGAUUUCUUCUACACCAUUCUGCAUUGGGCUCUCCACAUUAAAGCCAUUUACGGAUACAUUCACAAACACCAUCAUCACCAAAAAGCACCCAGUCGGGCCAAUGUGGAUGCCGUUAAUGUGCAUCCCGUGGAAUUCUUUCUGGGCGAGUACAAUCACUUGUGGACGCUGUUUCUCUGUACGAGAGUUGCACAGAUUCACAUCCUGGGAAGUCUCCUGUUUUUAGCCAUUGGUGGAUUCUUGGCCGGAAUUAACCAUACCCGCUACGACAUGGUCGUUUCUUUCUGGGGGGUCCGAAUUUUUGAUUCCAAAGCACAUGACGUACACCACCGCAUUCCUCAAAGCAACUACGGACAGUACACCAUGUUUUGGGAUUGGGUUUUUCAAUCCUACCGGUAA